CCUGCUAGUAACCAAAGUUGUUAGCAACGCUGCUGGUGCCCUGCCUGGAGGGAAGAGUUGCUGCCAGAAGGAUCCUUAGAUCCUGAUCCAUGCAAAGAACCAAGUGCUGAGCAGCCAAGCAGAUGGAUUUGGGAAGUGUUGCAGGGAAUGAGAAUGUGCAGCAGCAGGAGAGGAGGGAGAGGCUGGAUGGGCUUGGAGACCUGCAGGAGAGGAUGAGGAGGCUGGCUGGCUCCAGGAUGGAUUUGUCAACCAGAAUGGGCUUCGGUGAAGAGGAAAAACUGAAGAUUUCCAAAGAUCUCCUGGAUCUCCAGAUCGAGACGAACAAGAUGAAGGAGCAGUAUGAGACGGAGAACUUUGAACUGAAAAAUAUGAUCCUGGCCCUGGAGAAGCGUGUGCAGGAGCUGGAGCUCUGCAGUGAGCAGGUGACCGGGGAGCAGGAUUCCUUGCGGGAACGUCUGCGCGCCCUGGAGAGCAGCCGGAAGGAGCUGGCAGAUGAGUACAUCAUUUUGAAGAGCAAUUACCUGGCCCUGGGCAAAGAACUGGACCAGGAGGUGAUGAGGAAUGAGGAGCUCAGCAUGGAGCUGCUCAACCUGGCCAAUGCCAGGAGCAGCCUUCCUGGCACGGAGAGCAACCCCUUCCCUGCCGUGGCCAAGGAAUCCACUGCUGAGCUGGAAAGAGAGCGAGCAAGGGAGUGCCAGCCCUCAGCUCAGAGGGAGAAGUUGCUUGGAAACCAGGAUCACAUAGAAGCAGAGCUUGAGAAACUGAAGCAAACCUAUGAACUGCAGCAGCAGAAGCUGGAAGAGAGACUGACAGCGAUGGGGAAGGAGCUGCAGGAGGCAAAGGGAGCCAUUGGGAAUGCUCAGCAGAAGCUGGUGGAACAAUCAGUGGUGCUGCUGAGCUCCCAGAGCCAGCUCCAGGAGGUGGAGGCAGAGAACUCCAGGCUGCAGCUCCGGCUGAAGGAGCUGAACGAGGAAUAUCGCUCCCGGCUGGCGCAGCACAUCCAGGACGUGGCGGACUACAUGGACAGCAAAUCCAGCAAUGGAGCAGGGCCCAGCAAGGCCCCAGCUGGUCCUGCUCCCAUGAAACGUUUUGUGGACACCAUGUUGAAGGAUGUCAGGGCUUCCUACAGGUCUCGGGAAGAGCAGCUGGCUGGAGCAGCACGUGGCUACAAGAAACGCAUGAAGAACUUGGUGAAGAAGCAUGAGAACCUGCUGAUUGCUUAUGGGCUCCAGAGAGAGCAGAUCAGGUCCUUGGGUGGCAGCUGCAUGGAUUGUGGCCCUGCUGAGCUCCACUUCUCCAUCACAGACCCAGAGCUGCUGACAAACACAACGCGGGAGCUGAACCGGCUGCGGGAGGACAAGGCCAAACUGGAGAUGCAGCUGCACGAGCUGGAGAAGAAAAGCCUGCAAGAAACCUCAGCCUUUCUGCUGUCUCCUGAGCAGCAGCUGGAUGAGAAGGGCUGGGCAGAGGUCAGGAAGCAGCUCCGGGAGUUCACACGCAGCACCCAGGAGGAUUUGGAGCAGGAGAGGAGCCAGCUGCUGACACGGGCUGUGGUGGCAGAAGAGCAGGUGUCAGAGCUGCAGGAAUACAUCGACAAGCAUCUCGCCAGGUACAGGCAGGAGCUGCUCCAGCUGCAGAAGGUGCCACGUGUGCUCAGUGCUGGGGAGGCCAGAAGGACCAUCAGCCACCACCACCCAUAGCUCCACAGCACAGCACUGAGGAGGGACUGAAGAGCAGGGAGUUUGCUGUUGUGUGGGCUGGCCAGGGCAAGCACCCAUCCCUGCUCAGGGGGUCUUCUGGGUCUCCAGUUAACAGCACUAAAAUGGGAUGGGACAACUGGGCCUCAUCUCCCCUCUGAGCCCUCAGCUGCAGGGGCUCUGCUGCUCCACCAGCACCUCAGGACUUGGGGGGACAGUUUCCCAGGCAGCUUUUUGCUGUGGAGCUGCAGAAACAGGCUCUUGUGGUAACAUGUCUCCUGGGGUCAGACCUAGCUGGGAGCCCAAGGGCCAUCUCAGGUCACCAUCACCAAGGCAAU